UGCUAUUUGAGGGAUCGUAGUCUGUUCAGUUACACUUAAAGGUUCAGCUGUGUAACAGGCUUCUAGGGCAUAUAAGGAAAUUCGGUUUUUAUAAAACGUUUUUUUUAUUUGAAAUUUGUGAAGUUUAAAAAAAAAAAAAAAAGUUUUGUUUUUUUUGUGCAAUUUCGUGAAAUAUUUGAAAGGAAAUUUUUAAAAAAAGAUGGCCGAUGAAGCGAAAGCACCGCCAGCUGCAGAGGGAGCACCAGCCGAAGGCGGUGAAGCGGGUGCACCCCCAGCUGAACCAACUGAACCCGUUAAGCACACCUAUACAUUGUUCUAUUUCAAUGUGAAAGCAUUGGCUGAGCCGUUGCGUUAUCUAUUCGCAUACGGUGGCAUUGAGUACGAGGAUGUGCGUGUAACGCGCGAUGAAUGGCCCGCUUUAAAGCCAACCAUGCCUAUGGGACAGAUGCCUGUCUUGGAGGUUGACGGCAAACGUGUUCAUCAAAGUAUAUCGAUGGCCCGUUUUCUGGCUAAGGUGGUUGGCUUAGGUGGCGCAACUCCAUGGGAGGAUCUACAAGUCGAUAUUGUUGUUGAUACCAUUAAUGAUUUUCGUCUAAGUAGCGAACAAUUCGUCUCCUACGAACCUGAAGAUGAAAUCAAGGAAAAAAAACUGGUCACCCUUAACAAUGAAGUCAUUCCAUUCUAUUUGGAGAAGCUGGAGCAAACAGUAAAAGAUAACGAAGGCCAUUUGGCAUUGGGCAAAUUAACAUGGGCUGAUGUCUACUUCGCCGGCAUUUUGGACUAUAUGAAUUAUAUGGUGAAACGCGAUCUAUUGGAAGCCUAUCCGGCAUUACGUGGUGUCGUAGAUACCGUUAACGCAAUGGAUCCAAUUAAAGCUUGGAUUGAGAAGAGACCACAAACCGAAGUUUAAAAUAAAAGACCAACCACCAAGCACUUUAAUAUGAACAAACAUGUAUACACUUCUUUGACUCACAUUUAAACUUAUUCAUUUUUAUCGAAUCAUAUCGUACCAACAAUAAUCACGAUUCUAAUAAUUAUUGAUUAAAACAAGAUAUUUUGUUCCUUUUUUUUAGUAUAACAAGAAAAUAUCACAUAAACCUAAACGAUAAUAUAUAUUAACGUAAAAAUAAUAAAAAAAUUCAAAAAAUAAUUCAUGUUACGAUUACUGUUUUCCAUGCCAUAUGCCUGCGAUCGUCUUUAAGUUACCUUUUGUUCGUGGUAAGCAUGACUCUUUCUGUUUUCUUUUAUGUUGAUUGUAAAUAGACUUUUCCUGUAACGCUCAAUGUGGACCUGAGUGAUAAAAUAAUUAAAUGAUUUAUAAAAAUUAAUAAUAUUUAAGAGUUCGUUGAGUUGACUUUAGUUUUCUUCAACUAUUUAAUUUUAAUAUUUAUUUUAUGAAUGAAUGAAUGAAUUUCCAAUCGCUUUAUAUCUAAUAAACACAUACGUAUACAUACAUAUUUACUAAAUUUAAAAAAAAAAAUCAAAGAUCAAAACCUUAUUGCAC